CACCACAUGGCCUUAACCUCUUCCUUCACCAUCAAAUGUCAACCGCCACAACCAUCCCCUUUCUUCCUCCACCUCCUCCAGUACCUAUCCCUACUUACAUAACCAGCCUUGGCCUUGGCUACUCCAUAGCCAUAGCUCUUGGCUUCCUCGUCCUCAUCUCCACCAUCAUCCUCUCUUCUUACAUCUGUUGCCGCGCCUCUCGCCUCCGCUUCUCCGCCUCCAACACAGCCUCAAACCUAGACUCUUCUUUCGGUAACCGUGGCAUAAUGGUCCCAAGAAUCAUAUUCGUAGCUGAAGGUGACGAUCUUGAGUCAGCUAGUAACGUUGUUGUAGGUGGACUUGAUCUACCGAUCAUCAACUCUUACCCUAAAUUCCGUUACACUAAAGAUAUCACCGUCAACGCAUCAGGUGAUGAUGAGUUUCGAGGCGGAGAUGGAGAUGGAGACGGAGACACGACGUGUUCAAUAUGUUUAUGUGAGUAUAUGGAAGAAGAGAUGGUAAGGAUGAUGCCAGAGUGUAAACACUACUUCCAUGUUUCUUGUCUUGACGCUUGGCUUAAACUCAAUGGUUCUUGUCCCGUUUGCCGAAACUCUCCACUUCCGACACCGCAGUCAACACCACAGUCUACUCCAUUGUCGGAAGUUGUCCCGUUGUCUCAAUACUCCGCCGACCGGAGAAGAAUAAGAAGUUAAUAUUACAUUUGUUUUUUUUGGGAUCUGUUGCAUUUAUUAAAAAAAAAUAUCGUUUUGUUGAUAGCAUUGAAAUUAAAUCUAUGAUUACAUAUCGUUUAUGUUGAAUCAAACUGAAUAUUGUAUUAGUACAAGAAUAUGGCUGCAUGAUUUAGUUAAUCAUAUCUAGCUAAUGGAGAUUCGGAC